AUGGAAAAAUACGUCAAAUCGCGUCAAAUGUACAUGAAGUAUCUAGAAGAAGUAUCCGAGAAUGUCUUUCAUCCAAGAAUCAACGAAGGUGACAAACAAUUCAAAAAACUACAAAAAGAAUGUGAAGAGUAUGCAAAACUGAAAUUCACCUGUCAACGACUUCUUUCCGAAGCUUCAAAAGUUAUUGAAGGAAAAACCGAAAUCGGACAGAGAGUUUUCAUGAAUAUGGAAGUUCGAGACACGAAACACGUCGUCGUAAAGUUGUCAGAAGAUGUUCUCGUUGAGUUACCACUGCAAGAAGCGAUGAAAGUCUGCGAUCGAAAAAUGGAUAUGCUGAAGAAUUUGAUGGAAAAGAUCCAAGCCUCGACCACUCGUCUCAAAGCUGAAUUGACUAUGCUUCUGGCAUCAAUGGAUUUGCCGUAUACUGAACCAUACAGAUUCACAUUGCCACCAGACUUCCCGUUCCGUAUGGAAGUUUAA